AUGGGUGCAGUUCUGGAGAAGAGCAUGCGACUGGAGUGUAAGUGUCACGGCGUCUCGGGUUCCUGCACAACCAAAACCUGCUGGACUACGCUUCCCAAGUUCCGCGAGAUUGGUUACAUUCUCAAGGAGAAAUAUGCCCACGCGGUGCACGUGGAACCAGUCAAAGCUAGCCGCAACAAGCGACCUAAAUUCCUCAAAAUCAAGAAGCCUCAUUCGUACCGGAAGCCCCUGGACACGGAUCUGGUGUACAUAGAAAAGUCGCCGAACUACUGCGAGGCAGACCCUUUGACCGGGAGCCUGGGGACACAGGGGAGGGUGUGCAACAAGACAAUGAUGCAGCACAUCAGCGGCUGCGACCUGAUGUGCUGCGGCCGAGGGUACAACACACACCAGUACUCCCGCGUCUGGCAGUGCAACUGCAAGUUCCUGUGGUGCUGCUACGUCAAAUGCAACACCUGCAGCGAAAGGACAGAGGUGUACACAUGCAAGUGAGAAUAUUUAUUGGUAAGUGUGUGAAGAUUCUGUGAGCGUCUAUGUUCUUCUGCGUUUUCAUGGACAUUUUAGAACUAAGUCUGCCAUUGCAGACUUUCGGUGAGCAACUACUGCGCGAUGUCUGGAGUAAGCUGAACGCCGAGCGUCUUGGAUGUUUUGCACACAAAGCUCUUCAUCCCCUUUCACAGACUGUUGGGAUGCAGGUGAUACCACUGGAAAUGGAAAAACAAAGAAACUGUAGCCUGACGUGUGGGACGGGGUGUCCACAAGCUGCAUGGAUGGACGUUCUUCACUGUUUGAACUUGGCUAAUGCAAACAAGCGAUGGUGGACUUGAAGCUCGGAGGGCACACUGCUGUGGUUUUCUCCUCCUGUGCACAUGACAAGACAUAGCCAUUGGAAAUAUUUAACAUUCUGUAUCUAGUGAAUGAGAAUUAUUAAUAUUAAUUUAUUCUGUAAAGAGCUGCAAAUGUUCUUCAUUGUGUCUCAAAAGUAGCUAAAUGUCCAGAUUUUUUUUUUUUAGUUUGUUAGAGCGAUCAACAAUGUCCACGGUUAACACACUGGAUUCAAGUCUGCCUGUUUCUCCAGAGUAAACUGCUGUAGGCGACGCUCCUUCAUGACCUUUUCAUGAGUUUUUUCGUCUUCCCUCUGCUGCUAGUCUAGAAAAGCCCACUUGUCGAGGUGGAAGUCACCGAUGUCGGGUCCACUUCAAGCUGAUUUGACUGGAAAUAGACACCGAACAAAAAACAUGAGCACAUUUUUCCACUUUUAAUAUCGGUUAAUAGAGUUUAUAUUUGUAAAGGCCUAUUUUUAUAUGAAUGUUUUUAUUUAUAUCUUAUUUUUUAAUACUCUGUGUCACGCGUAGGCACAGAGAUGUGUUUAUGAA